ACAAGUAUACGCCCUGUUGCCUGGCAGAAUCAGCCACACGUGCACCUAAAAGUCAUUAAUUAAUGUUAAUUGCCGCGCUUAACGUUUUUAUGACGUGCCAAUGAAACGAGCCAAACAUAAUUAUUGCUGACAAAAUGUCAAACCGUCAAACACUCUUGAAAGACAAAAUUUAUGUACGCAAAUCAUUAAUUCAAGAAAAACGAAAUAAUACAAUCAACGAGCUUUGUGUAUCUCCUUACCCACGAUCCAAUUAGCCGUCACAAUGGAGUCCAAUAAAAGUUGAAAAAUAAAAUCGAAAAUAUUCCGAUAGACAUCUAAAGUUUGAAACACCACUCCGGGUUUUCGUUAUGCAAAAAUCCAUGGCGUUCUAUCAAUUAGUGACGCACGACCUGUAUCAAUCACAUUCAUGUUUUAUGUCUUCGGGAGAUCUUGUUUCGACAUGUGGGCUUAACAAUAAAAAUUUUAUGAAUGCCUUAGGUAUUCAGACGUUUAGCUAAUAAGGCUGUUGAUUAAUUUAAGUCGGUCUCAAAAGCGGAACAGUAAACAAAAGGCUUUAAUGUCCAUUCUACGCCAAAUGAGUAUCGAAAUUCGAUCAAUUUUUAAGUGAAACUCUUGUGUUUCAGUAAUGUUUUUUGACUUUGAGCUUAAGAGAGUUUGCUUACAGUCUCGGCUACCGAAUUUGAAUUUUAAAUUCCAAUAGGGUUUCAUCACUAGACGGUAUUUUGAAAAACCCACAUUGCCCUAUGAUGGAUGGUUCUUAGAAUAAAUGCGGUGAGAUUAGCUGAAGAUUUGCGAAUGAUUAUUUGCUGGUUUUGAGUAGAACUGGGGACUGCGGAUGGAAGCCAGACAAUGUCCGUCUUUAUUUCUGGGUUCAAUCUGUUUGUGUGGUUCCGGGUCGUUGUUUUAUGCCUGCCAUUUCUUGCGUGUUAUUGAAUUUUUUCUAUCGAGAAGUCAUAAUUUGGCGCACGUGUGCCUCAUUUAAUUGUCGGCCAUCGGCACUUUUUAUUGCCAAUUGGGUUACCGAAAUUUAAUCAUCUAUUUAUCGAGAGCGCUAAUUUGUUGUUGCUAGACUUAGACCACGUUAACGAAAUGCAGAAGAAGUGUGAACAAAACCUGUCACUUACAAACAAGGCGAAAACCCACAAUGGGCACGUUUAUUCCAACUCCAGGCGUAUCUAAAUACAAUUAUGACGCAUUUUGAUAGUCUUUUUGGCUCAUUUUUAGUUUGUUUAGUUUGUGCUGUGACUGUUUCUGUCUGGCUUUUAGGCGCAUGUGCCGAGAUAAGAAGGAAAAAUUAGCACUUUGAUGACUUGCCAAUGGGCCAACAUGAGCGGUUUUGCACUGCUAAUAAAACUAAAGCUAGCCGAACGGGAAAUACCCUCAAUAACUUAUUAAAUUAAACUAAAUUGUUUCUUAUUUGAAAGUUGUGAGACCAAGAGGGUUUCAAUUAUUUAGUAUUAUUCCAUUUUUACCUAAACUUUCGGUUACUUAUUAUUAUCUUAAGGAACUCAAUACAGCGAUUGUACCCCUUCGAAAAAUAGAGGAAGAGUAUAGGAUAAUAAAUACGCAAAUCUUAAACAAACGUGGUUCGUGCAAACAAUAAAUGUAAGACUCAGUCAUAAAGUAAAAAUGCUGCGGAAAGUUUUAUUCGUAUAUAUAGAUGAGAUUUCUGUUUGCUCGCGGCGUCUUUAAAAUGUGCCGCGCGUGUAAAGUUGUGAGAUAAGGUCAAAAAUGUACGGAAUUCCCCCUUAGAGAUUAGAACAACAGAAAUACACGUGCGUGUUUGUAAUUAGAAAAGAAAGCGAAUUUAAAUGCAAGGUAGCAGCAUUACUCAAUAUUAAGUAUACGCCCCGAAUGACAUAUUAGAAAUAUUAUCUGCACCUGCGUGCGUUUCUAAUCUCAGCUGCCUUGAGCACUUUCCUCGUAAAUAAAAGCCGGAUCAUUUGGGUUAUCAAUAUUUCAAGACCCUCUUGGCUAAUGCAGUCAUUGGAAGGUGAUGGAACUGAACAUUUAGUAAAACGAGACCCCAGUGCAACUUAAACCGCUUACGCAGCAAGCACACAAAAGACAACCACAUUGUGAAUACACGCUGCCAAAUAAAAGAAGACUCAAGAAGAUGGCGCCCACCAUAUGCUCGGAGAAAAAGCAGCUGCGCGAAACGCGGCGACAUCAUGGCGUGGCCACAGCCGCCAUUUCAUCAGCAUCCGCAACCGCAUCCACCGCAUCCUCGUCCUCGUCCUUGUCCGUGGGAUCCACAUCUGCAGCUGCAGCCACACAAGCCAGUUCGGUGCUCAACCUUGUGGCCAAAGGUUCGAUGAACUCGAUGAGCCGCCGUCGACCGGCGCGAUUGCAGCGCAGGAUGCCUCACAUCCUUGCCCGCGUGGCCUCCUUCUCCACGGACACGAGCAGUGGCGUGGAAACGGAGGUGCAGAUGGACUCCGAGCAGCGAAUGCAGCUGAACGAGGACCGCUACUCGGAUGCCAGGAUCCAGGGCCUGCAGCAACAGCCACAUUCCAGCAGCGACAACAUCAAGACAGUAUUACAGCCGACGACUGCUAGCGGAUAUAGUAGCAAGCAGAAUCGAUCGGCCAGGGCCAAAAACUGUUAUCGAGAGGUGCCGCUCCAGAUAGAGGACGACCACGAUGGCGACAGUGGGUACGAGUAUAGCCAGGAUCCCAUAAAGGAGCAGCACUUGUACCACCAGAAUAGCGAAGGCCUGUUGUCCAUUGCCAUUAAGACUUUCAAGCUGGUGCAGCGCAACAAGCUGCUGCAAAAGCGAUUGGCCCAACUGCAGCUGGAGACCUCGGAGUUCAUUGCCUCGGUGCUGGCCAACCCGGAAAACCGCCAAUUCCGGGACAAAAUGUCGCCAAAGGCGGAGGCCAAGGUCAGCAACAUGCUGCUGCGCCACUAAAUUGAUCUGGAAAAGUCAAAACAUUUAGGCCCCAUUUCUGGACGUGAUAAGAGUUUUAUUUGAAAACAAAUUUUAAGUCAUAGUGAAUUGUAUUUGAUUUUCUAUGUAUUCGCUCAGAGCAUUUGUAUUCUGUCACUUAAAGAUUUAACGUAUUUAUUCGCAUUGCUCGGCAUGUUGCGGCAACAUUUUGGGCAACAUGCAAAAAAUAUUGCCAGCUUCUGGGCUGAGCGUGUAAAUUACAUGGAAAAUGUAUGUAAAAUCCGAAUAUGAAUACACGGUUUGUAUUAAGUUGUAAGUGCUUCGCUGCCUAUAUUUUUGAAAUUCCUUGUUACAAUUUUUGGCUUUUAUAUGCGUUAAGCAUAAAAAGAAAUAAAUUAUUAAUUUAAUACCUUUAAUUUAUUAUUAUCAUAAUCGAAUAAGUUCCUUUUUUAAACAUAUUUUCAAAUUUGACCACAAUACAUUUAAUACACGUCCAGAAAUCCCAUUUUCAAUGGGCUUCGUUUUGAAAAAUUCGUACUGAUUAAAUUUACAAACAUAUUCAUCAAAGUUUAGCAACCUAAAUAUACAAAUAAUGACGAAAUCGCUAUGCUAACAUUUACAAAAAAAGAAAAUAUUUAUACGAAUCAAAAAGUCCAAAAGUGUAUCUGUAGUCGUUAAGAAAAUUUUAUGUUUUUCAGUUUCUACACUCAAGAAUUAAUUUAUAAUAAAUCUAUCUAAUACAUAUAUCUAGAAAACCCCAGCAUAAUCAAUGGAACCCUACGACGCUUUUCGCUUUAUACAACAAAUAGAUAUAGUAAGAAUUAAUUGAUAUGCAAAGCAAUUGGUUUGAACAAAAUACUUAAAUUUGUUUCGGUAUUAUUAAACUAACCGAUAUAUCAAAUCGCUACAAAAGAAACACAAAUCAAAGCAAAACCAAAAUACCAACUAAAAGCAAAUCUUUGCAAUUCUAAAUCUUUUUAUAAACCUCUCUGGCAUAUUCCUCCUACUUAAAGGAACAAAUCAUCCAAUUCACAACAAAAGAAUUCAUCAAUAAAAUUAGUGACCAAUUAAACAUA